AUGCGCCACAGCCUCACGCAGCUGCUGGCGGCCUCGGCCGGGGGGGCCAGCCCCUCGGGCGCCGUCUGGCCGCUGGCCGGAGCGGGACAGGCCCCGAGAGGGCGGGAUGGCGGCGGGGAAGGGGACACGGGCCACGCGCGGCCCAAAGCGCAGCCGCCGCCGCGGCGGGAGCCCCCGGGUGCCUCGGAGCCGCGGCGGCAGGAGAAGGAAGCCGAGGCGCCCGGCGGUCCGCUGGAGGUGUGGGAGCAGGAGGACUGGUUCCCCGGGCUGGAGCUGGGAGACCUGCUGGAGGCGGCCCGGCCGGACUGGGACCUGGAAGCUGAGCUGAGCGGCUGCUUCUGUGGGGACGCGGAGCCGCUGCCCGCGCCUGGCCAGGGCCCGCGGCCGGCGGCGCCUGGGCGGAAGAGCGGCGGGGCCGGGAGUCGGCUGAAGGCGGCGGCGGCGGCGCGGUUGAACCGGCUGAAGAAGAAGCAGUAUGUGCUGGGGCUGGAGAGCCGCCUACAGGGCCUGGCUACCGAGAACCGGCAGCUGCGGGACCGCAACCGCGGCCUGAGCCGCCGCCUGCGAGAGCUGGAGCGGGAGAGCAGCUACUUGCGGGCUGUGCUGGCGAACCAGAGCGCGCUCGGGCAGCUCCUGAGCCGUCUGGCCGGGACCCGCGCCGGCGGGCUGCAGCUCAGCACCAGCCUCUUCAGGGACACGGGCAGCCCCCGCCGCCAGCACCAGCACCUCCGGCCCGCCGGCGAGAGCAGCGACCACGACUACGCCCUGCCCAGCUCCCGGCCCCGCGGCCUGGAGGAGGCGGCGGCGGGGACUGAGACGGAGGAGGAGUGGGCGGCCCCCGGCGGGAUCUGCCUGCACGUGGACCGGGAUCAGGUGUCGGUGGAGUUCUGCUCCAUCUGUGCUCGGCGGGCAGCGGCCUCCUUCAAAAUGUAGGGUCAAGUACCUGCUGGAAGUACUCGUGGGGUUCUCACCCGUAAGGGCCUCGCGUCGCGGCGGAGGAAGCAGGCAAUGGUGCGGAGGAAAAGAAAUCCAUACAGUGGUGAUGGGGUGGUAUUGGGGGAGAUGCAAAGGAGGGGAACCUGGCGCUUACUUAAGUGGCCAGGGUAACAAAAAAAAAAAAAAAUCUCUGGAACGGCACGCUGGGAGCCAGACGGUGGCCUUGGUUUAAGGUCCUGUAAAUCUGGCAUGUGGACGGUAGUGGUGUGAGCCUGUUUGGCGAUGGGAGUCGCGCAGAGCUGUGUGCAGCAGUGCGACAGUGGUCGUGCAGACUGACACGGUGCCGCCAGAGCCCGUUCGCAGCACUUGGGUGAAAAGAUCAUGCCGACUUGAUGCAUGAAGGUGUGCUCGGCUCCACUUCGCAGUAAAGAUAAUGCUGACUACCCGGUCUUGAGUCAGAUAAUGUCUAGCCUGCUUAUCCUGAGGAGCUGAAAAUGCUUGCUUAGAAAACCAAACAAAAACUCCAUUAUGACAUCGUCACUGGACAGACUUAAGAAAAUAGUAAUGAUCGGCAAAAGAAAGCAUGCAUAUGAAAUUAUACUGCAUCUCAGUUAUACAUUACUAUUAAAACCUCUCUGACAGUUUCUCUUUUAGGUGGUUGCCCUGCCAGGCUCCGUUGUGUAGGGGUUAAAGAACAGUCGUUUUCCACCUCGCAACCUGUGGAUUCAGCUGUGUUGGGGCGGAAGAGACGGGACCAGCUGCUGGCCACAUUUCCUGCUUUAUUUUAAAAGGUAGUAUAAGAAAUGAGAAUAAAGAGGGCUUUUGCUGUCUUCGGUUAAAAAAAAAAAUUGAAUGCUGGGAUUAUUUACUGUCGUCCAAGAUGAUUUUUCUUAUAAGGCAAUAUUCUAUCAAACAGGUUUUUCUCCACUGUAUGCAGAAUUCCGUCUGUUCAGGGGAUAUUGACAGCAUAAAAGAGACUUAGUGGGAUUAAUAGACUUAGAUUUACACUUCUGUGGUGGAAUCAACAGGGCUGUUCAAAGUUUCAAUCUUGGGUAACUCCGCUGUAACUGAUGGGUUAUACCAGUGCACAGGAGUCAGAGUUAACCACCAGGACCUGCACUGACUGAUAUGCAAAAUGGAAAUAACUUAGAUUCAACCUACUCUCAACCUGCCUUGCUCAGGCUUCAUGAACAUGCUUUAUUUUGCAGUUUAAUGUGCUUGAGGAAAAGAGAAACACUAAUGCAGCAAGCAUGGGAUGUUCCAGUGGCGUUUUUACGGUUACUUCAGUGUAGGAGUGUUAUUUUAAGUUAAUUUAAACAUGCAUUCUUUCUUGUUGCAUCACUGCUGAAUGGCAGGAUCAGGGACAGUUCUUCUGGCCUGUGCUGUGAACCUGCACAAUGCUCUGUCGUGACACGACCCGUGGCUGUGUCUGAGAGCAGCUGAUUUUCUGACAUGCAAAAUCAUGUAUUGUGGUACAAGAACAAGGUCAAGUCCCAAGAAAGUCAGUGGCUGCAGGCAUUUCUAGUGCCUACUGAAUCAUAUUUAAACCAAAUAGAAGGGAGGAAGUUAUUUGAAACUCUAACCAACUGUACUAUCUGUAUGGUGUAUUAUUAAUGUAGCUUUUUGAAGUGAAAGCCUUGAAAUGACAUAACUUAAUACUUGAAAAUAUAUUGUAAAUGUUUCUUUGUAAUUAUGUGCCAUUCAGAUAAGAAUACAAUAUCAUAAUAAAAUGAGACUUGUUGAUCUUUCA